UGUGCGAUCUAUAAAAGUUCACCGGGAUCGGAUCCGAUCACCGCCCACAGCGUCUCGUUUGAUUCGAAGAUGGCGAGCUUCAGCGGUGACGAGACCGCGCCCUUCUUCGGCUUCCUUGGCGCCGCCGCAGCCCUCGUCUUCUCCUGCAUGGGGGCGGCGUAUGGCACGGCGAAGAGCGGCGUAGGGGUGGCCUCGAUGGGAGUGAUGAGGCCGGAGCUGGUGAUGAAGUCGAUCGUUCCGGUGGUCAUGGCUGGAGUGCUCGGAAUCUAUGGCCUCAUCAUCGCCGUCAUCAUCAGCACCGGGAUCAACCCCAAGGCUAAAUCCUACUACCUCUUCGAUGGCUAUGCCCAUCUCUCGUCUGGUCUCGCCUGUGGUCUCGCUGGCCUCUCCGCCGGUAUGGCUAUUGGCAUUGUCGGCGAUGCUGGAGUCAGAGCCAACGCCCAACAGCUAAAACUCUUUGUUGGAAUGAUCCUAAUCCUCAUCUUUGCUGAAGCACUAGCAUUGUAUGGCCUCAUCGUCGGCAUCAUCUUGUCUUCUCGUGCAGGCCAGUCCAGAGCUGAUUAGUGAGGAUUUGACCGAGGUAUGGAGAUUCAAUUUACCUUCAUUUUCAUACCCUUUCAUCUACCUGACUAGCAAAUUAUCAUGUUGUUAUUAUGUUUGUCAAAUAAAUCAACAAUCUCAGUACAUUUUAGUACGUCUAUGCGAAAAAAAAAUCACAUAGUUGAUGUCUUUUCCUUUAUGAUUAUUGAAUUCAAAGUUUGAAAAAUAUUUGAGUUUUCAUAGGGACCAGAACCUAAUCAUCUGAAUUUAUUUGCCAAACAUGUGCUAGUCCAGUUUAUUGUGAUUCUCUUUUUUUCAAACAACAAGAUGCAAUUUUGAAUAUAAGCAACACAUGACUGACAAUUCUCAUCAGAUUUUGAAAUCUAGACAUUUUACUUCUCUUGAAAUGGUGCUGCCAUUGUUGACUCCUGUAAUUGUCGCAAGUGUAUCUAACAAGGGAAACCAACCUUCCGACCUAUGAAUUUUUCUUAUGGUUUCAUCACUAAUUGAAAAACUGAAAGGGCAGUAUUGUAUUUUCA